AUGGCAGCAGAACAAGAUAAGAAAGAAGAAACAUCAUCACUGCCGCCAGGUUUUAGGUUCCAUCCAACGGAUGAGGAGUUGAUAACUUAUUAUCUCAUGAAUAAGAUCUUGGAUGCUAACUUUACAGAAAGGGCAGUUGCUGAUGUAGAUCUCAAUAAAUGUGAGCCGUGGGAUCUUCCUGGGAAAGCAAAGAUGGGGGAGAAGGAAUGGUAUUUCUUUAACCUAAGAGAUCGAAAAUACCCAACCGGAAUUAGAACAAAUCGAGCUACAAACACGGGAUAUUGGAAGACUACGGGCAAAGAUAAGGAGAUCUUCAGUAGCAACGCUAUGUCUGAGCGCCUAGGUUUGAAGAAGACACUUGUUUUCUAUCGAGGAAGAGCUCCGAGAGGGGAGAAGACCAAUUGGGUUAUGCAUGAAUAUCGUAUUCAUUCCAAGUCUACCUUUAGAAUCAACAAGCAAGAUGCAUGGGUGGUUUGUCGCGUGUUCAAAAAGAGUGGCGGCGGAAAGAAAUACACAACAUCAAACCACCAUCACCCAACUUCGACCACCAUAUUGCUGAACCCUAAUUACAGCCUCGAGGCAGAUCAUACAUGGAGCCGCAUCAAUAAUAAUAAUAUUAUAAUCGACGUGCCCAAAAAUAUCUCAUCGUCUAGGAAUGUUAUGGUUCCCGAGAUUUUAAACAACUAUCAUGCGGUGGCACCAGGAGGACCAAACGGGUGCUUUACUAUAUCAAACCUAAACCUUGGUGGUGGUAAUAUUUACCGGCAGGCGGUGACACAUCAGCAAGAUCAUGUGACGUCAUCGGGCACCAGCUUAUACGGUGGCGGGCUGCCCGUGUGUUCUUCCUCGGGCAAUUAUAGGCAUCAGUUUAGUGAGGAGGAUCUCAUGAUGAGCAAUUACUGGCCGGUCCCUCCAUAUAAUUAG